UUACAUCACAGUUUGGCGCCUACACUUUAAACAACGUGCACAGGACUCCAGUCGCGCUCAAACUUGAAGCGGUUCAGCGCGAACAUUUCAAAAGAUGCGAUCAACUUUACAUUUUCUCAGCUGUCAACUACUAAUUUGAAGAUUUUUGAAUUUGUCACACGUUUUUUAUGUCCGCUCUAAUCUUCAUGCACAAAUCCUUAGUUGUUUAAGUGCUUCUUAGCCGGAAAAGUUUGACAAUAGAAAAAUGUGCACGUGUCCGAAGUUUUUGAGUGGUGUGUUUGUUGCUAACGUUUAUUUAUUUGUUGUUGUGAAUUGUUUUAACGUUGACACUGUUAAUUAUGUUAGGCAUAAAGGCCAGUCCGAGUCCAUGUUUGGAUUUAGCAUCGCGACGCACAGGACGCGAGGCGAAAGUUGGGUUUUAGUUGGUGCUCCGGAAGCCCAGACGGCUCAACAGGGUGUUACGAAGGGUGGAGCCGUGUUUAGGUGUAGUAUUCGAGCUGAUGAUACCUGCCAAGAGCUACCCUUUGACACAAAAGGGGAUAACGUCGAUAAUUUCGGUAGAAAAAUAGAUAAAAAAUCAGAACAAUGGUUUGGAGCCACAAUUUACAGUGCUGGUGAAGAAGGGUCGAUAGUGGCUUGUGCGCCUCGAUAUAUCUGGUUUUCGUCCUCAAAGGAGAGAAGAGAUCCAGUAGGAACUUGCUUUGUAUCCAAAGGCGACUUCGGGGAAUAUUCCGAAUACUCGCCAUGUCGAACAGCUAUGUGGGGUUACCAUCGGCAGGGUUCGUGUCAAGCUGGUUUUAGUGCAGCAAUAGCACCAAAGAGCAACUCGCUUUUUAUUGGAGCUCCAGGCAGUUGGUAUUGGCAAGGCCAAAUGUAUUCCAUCGACGUCCGUGCUAAAUUUUCCUUCACUCCGGGAUUGUUUGGAGGAGAAUUCGGUUCAGGACAGGUGAUUCGUCAAAAUUUAGAUAAUAGACCUGCUGCUAUUUCGACCAAGGAAGGCCCACCAGAAGAUGAUGACACCUAUCUGGGUUACUCAUUAACAGUCGGUGAUUUUACCGGGGCUGGCACUGAAGGCGUUGCUGUUGGAAUGCCUAAAGCCGCUGAUCUUAAAGGAAAGAUUGUUCUGUUUACUUGGAAUCUAACAAAUCACCAAAACAUAACCGGAGAACAGUUAGGUUCGUAUUUUGGGUACGCCUUAGCGUGUGCAGAUGUCGAUGGAGAUGGUCUUGACGAUCUCAUCAUUGGAGCUCCAUUCUUUACCGAACCGAAUAACGAAGGAAAAUACGAAGUUGGUCGCGUUUAUGUUCUAUAUCAAGGGGGAAGUGUUGAGGGACGUUUCCAUCAUCUUCACAUCCUCGAUGGAAUUAAUUCAAAAUCAAGAUUUGGCCUUUCUCUAGCAUCAUUAGGUGACAUCAAUUUGGACGAAUUCGGGGAUUUUGCUGUGGGUGCUCCUUAUGACGGUCCUCAUGGUAGAGGUGCAGUAUACAUUUACCAUGGUUCAGAAAAAGGUGUGAGAAAAGAAUAUUCUCAAGUUAUUUACGCAGAGGACGUCGCCAAAUUUUCGGGAUUGUCCGCGAUAGAAACGUUCGGAUGGUCUCUAGCAGGAGGACUUGAUAUGGACGAAAAUGAUUAUCCUGAUAUGGCCAUUGGAGCUUACUUAUCAGAUACUGCGUUUUUCUUUAGAUCGAGACCUGUUGUAAAUGUGGAUGCCCAAGUAACGUACUUAACGCCGCACAAACAAAUAAUAUUAGAUGAGAAAAACUGCACCUUAAGGAAUGGUCAGCCCGUUCCAUGUACCAGUUUUAAUGUAUGCUUGAAAUAUACUGGAGUAGGAGUACCAAAUUCGCAAGUGUUUAAUAUUGGCUACGUUUUGGAUUCCAAAAAAACUAAGGGUCAAAGAAUGUUCUUUAGAGAUAUGGAAAACAGAUACGUCUUUAAUGAAACAUUGACUUUACGAAAGGAUGACACAUCUGUUUGCAGAUCUAAAGCAGUUUAUCUUACUAACGAAAUUCGAGACAAAUUAACACCACUUGAAGUUGAGGUCCACUACUCAUUAGCUGGAUAUGGAUAUGGAGAACAAUCUUACAGAAGAGACUUCAGGGCGCAAUUAAUUCCAAUAUUGGAUUUAAAUACACCGCCAAUGCGAUCCGAUGCAAUAAGUGUUCACAAAUUUUGUGGACCCGAUAAUGUCUGCAUACCUAAUUUACGUCUCUUAGUCACCACAAACGUGCAAAGGUAUCUUCUGGGAUCUCACGAAAAAUUGGAACUAUAUGUGAUUGUCCAAAAUGAUGGAGAGGAUUCUUUUGAAUCAUCAUUUGAAAUUCAGUUGCCUGCUGGCGUUGACUACAUAAAGGUUGUUGAGUAUGAAAAAGAUAAAGUAAGAAUAUUUUGCUCGCUUGCUCCAAAUAAUACAGUCAAAUGUGACAUUGGAAAUCCACUUCCUGCCCACCGGAAUGCAAAGUUUAGAAUCAUACUCCAACCUUAUCAUACAGAAGGAAUGAAUGCCACCUAUGAUUUCUAUAUGUCUGUUAAUAGUACAAAUCCCGAAGAAAGUUAUACACUAGAGGAUAAUAAGCAUUUCUUGUCAAUUCCUAUUUGGGUAGACUCAAAACUGGCAUUGGACGGAACUUCCAAACCUGCGGACGUCCACUAUAAUUAUUCGUCAUACUCUUUAGAUAGAAUAUCACUUGAAAGAGAUAUAGGACCUCAAGUUGUUCACAUUUAUAGUAUAAGAAACAAUGGCCCGUCUAGUAUAAACGAAGCAGAAAUUUUUAUUUUAUGGCCUCUGACCACUUUAGCUGGUGACGAUUUAUUGUACCUUUUAGAACAACCACAAACUCUAGGAAACGUUAAAUGUGAACCUGCUAGUGCAAAUUAUAAACAUUAUGGAUUAGAAUACAGAAAUAGAACAAUUUGGAAAACUUACGGAAUCGAAUUAGGUAGUGAAUCAGGCGAAACAUUCAGUGCAUCAACUGGGAAAGUUACGGUAGAAGAGGGAAAAACGAACUUCGCUCAAGUUUCUGGAGAGCAAAAACAAGUAACUAAGGUGGGCACAGAUGAGAGUAAAUUUGAUACUGGAGACGCCUCGUUCGUGUAUAGUCAAAGACACAAAAGUACUCAAGACAAAAGCAACACAGGCGAAAAGGUUGUUCAUGUAUUGGAAGAUACAGGCAACGGUUCAAAAACCAUCGUAACCGAACAUAAAUGGGAGGCUUCAUCAAUUGGAAGUGGUCCAGUAAUAAACAAAACUUACACACGGCAACAUACUUAUUAUGGAAGGCCUGAAGAUCGUAGCAGAGGCUGGGUAGAUGCCUCGCAACAGAGUGGUACUAGUAGUGGAAGUGCUUCAUAUGGUGGUUAUUCUGGCAGUUCUUCAAAUUCAGGAACCUACGGAGGUACAUCGCAAACUUCGGGAACUUAUGGUGGAAGAUCUGGUGGCCAGGAUUCUAUAACAUAUCACGAAACUUCUAGACACGAAUCUCAUGGAUCUAGAAAACGUCCUACAAUCGUUUACACAUCCUCUGGUAGUCAUUAUGGACAAGAGUCUGUUCAGCAGGGACAAUCUGCAACGUCCAAUGUAGAAGGAGGCAGCCAAACGACGUUAUCAGUUUCCGGAAGUGAAACGAAAGGACAUUAUGUGCCUCCGCAUAGAAAUGAAGAUGGCAGUGUUUCUGGAUCGGUUACCUAUGUCGAAAGCCCUUACCCUGGUUAUAGACCGCCACCACCUCGGCCGGAAUUGUUAGAAGGUAAUAACGGAUACAGUUACGAUUAUGGAAGAGACCAUAACAAGAAUUUUAAAAGUUCAGUGACUUCUGAUGAAGUCUACGGGCAAGACGAAAAUAAACUUGGCUUUGAACAGAAACAUAGUUUAGGACGUGUUCAUCAAGAAAAUAGGUACGAAUUGGGUCAUGGUGAUGUGGAACUUCAAAGAAGGUUACAAGAAGAAGCAAGACGUCGUCAAGAAAGCCGUACGGGUUUCAGUCAGGAAGAAGGACAUGUCAGUACCCAUCAACACAGCGGAGGACGUGUUUAUGAUAGAUAUAACCAUUCAAGAUCAGAACAAGACGCAAGCAGUUAUGGAAUCGGCGCUGCUGCUCUCAACCCUCGUGGUUUUAAGACAACUACUGUUGAACUCCACCCCGUGCAGAGCGUCGAUCAGCAAAUAGACGGUUACGCAAGAACAAAUCUGGAAGGACAUUCUGGCGUAUCAGCUUAUGGUUCCGAUAGCGGUAUGAUUGUAGAAGAACCCUUUGAUUCUAAAGAAACAUUCACCGUUGCUGGUCGUGGUGGUGAAUCAAAAUCAUUCAGUUCUGGUUCUGGUUCAUCGUACGGUGGUGGCUAUGAGAAGCAUUAUGAAAGUAGAUACUCGUCAUCAUCCAGGGGUUUGUUCCAUUCUGCUACUGGGCGGGAAAUUCCUAACGAGUCACCCCCUGGUGAUAAUGUACCUACAAGUAAGCCCGAUCUUAGUAAUCCUGUUCACAGAGGAAAACGACAAGCUCCAGGUGAAUUGGGAGAAAUCGAUCUGGCUAGCAUCCUCGAGUGUAAAGCUACAAAAUGUAUUCCCAUACGAUGCACUACCGGUCGUUUACUAAAAGAUCAAGAAGUAUUUAUAGCUUUACGAUCCCGCGUUAACGUUCACACUUUGAGAAAUAUUAGUGUAACGCAAUCUAUCACAUUUUCAUCUAUGAUGUUGGCAAGAAUCAGUAAAUUGCCAUAUAUAGGCAAGCCAGUUGAUAGACCAGUCCACACCCACGAAAUUUUUACCACUGUUUCUGCCCCAGAACCGGAGAUUAAGCCUGAUAUGGUUCCAUUAUGGGUCGUUGUAUUAUCAGCUGUUGCUGGAACUGCAAUUCUCCUCCUUUUGGCCUUCCUAUUAUAUAAGUGUGGAUUCUUUAAAAGAAACCGCCCUUCUAGCGCGCCCGAAAGACAACCUUUAAACCGAAACGGGCACUUCAACCAUGGUGACGAAGCUCUUUGACAAAGUUCUGUGGAAGAAAACGUCAACGAUGUACGAUAUUAACAACAACUAAAAGUACUAAAAAUUUAUAAUGUUGAGAGUGAGAAAAGCUAUGUGGUUAUUUAUUUUGUGUGUAUGUAUGUGCCCUGUGCAGCUUACAAAAACGAGAAAUUUUCAAUUAUUUACAGCAAAUUAUCUACAAACGAAAAGCGACGUUUUUAUUAUUUUUUUUUUAUUGCACUAAUUGAGGAUUAACCGUGUGCCUUAACUAAAAACGGUACAAUGUAUGUACUCUUAUUACACUCUGGAUGUUUUUCGUUAAUUUUUUGCUUUAAUUUUUACCGAAUAUCGUAAAUAAUGAAUGAGUACUGCCAAAUGAAAAUAUGUAAAUACUAGUUUAUUAUAAAUUAA